AAAAAAUCAAUGUAAAUAAAAAAAAUAUUAAAUAGGGCCUAAUAUUUUCUGUGGAAAUGUAGGGGAUGCUUUAUUUAAUAUUUAUACAUCUAGUACUAGAUUCAGAUCUAGUAAUCUAUAAAUAUAAUACAAACUGAGACAAUGGAGAAAAAGAUCUCAUCAGCUGGAUGGAGUACCUCUGUGUUGAAUCAAGUUUCAUCUCUUGACUGCAGCUUGAUGCGUCAUGUAGGACAUAUGUUUGUUCACUGAGGUACACUUAGGCACUGCUAAACAGACUGGCUUAUAAUGGAUGGCAUAAGACAAACUGAUCAUUUUGAAAGGUCAGCUUUAAGCUUUCCUGGGAAAUGGAUGAUAGACAAGCUUGGAAACGAUAGAAAAGUGACUAGCUAUAUUACAUCGAUUCAGGUUCCUACUAGAAAUGGCAUCGCUGGCGGUCACUUGUGUCCAAAGGAGACCCAUAUAACACAGCAUCAGCUUAAUCAAGUUCCAGAACAUGUUGCUGUUGCUCCAGUUUCAAGCUCGUUCAGUGCUGAGCCACAGGAAACUCUGGAACAUGUUACUGUUCCAUAUACCACAGGUACAAGUUCAGCCAGUGCUAUGGCACAGGGAACUUUGGAACAUGUCACUGUUGUUCCAUAUACAACUGGUACAAGUUCAGCCAGUGCUAUGGCACAGGGAACUUUGGAACAUGUCACUGUUGUUCCAUAUACAACUGGUACAAGUUCAGCCAGUGCUAUGCCACAGGAAACUUUGGAACAUGUCACUGUUGUUCCAUAUACCACAGGUACAAGUUCAGCCAGUGCUAUAGCACAGGGAACUUUGGAACAUGUUACUGUUCCAUACACCACAGGUACAAGUUCAGCCAGUGCUAUGGCACAGGAAACUCUGGAACAUGUUGCUGUUGUUCCAUAUACAACUGGUACAAGUUCAGCCAGUGCUGAACCUCAGGAAGUUCUGGAACAUGUUACUGUUGUUCCAUAUACAACUGGUACAAGUUCAGCCAACACUGAACCUCAGGAAACCCAGGGACAUGUUCUUGUUUCAAAUUCUCUGGAUACAAUUUCUGGCUCUGCUGUGGUAGAACAUGACAAGGGUUGUGAAGUGAAUGACUCAAAGACUGAGUUGAGACUUCUAGAAACAAGUUGGAAAGUCCGUUCAAGAUAUUACCAGGCAGAUGCAGGAGAAGAAGAACAGGAUGAUUACUCAUCAAAUUUACAAAACAUCAAAACUGAACAUCCACUUGCAGCAGAUACCCACCUUUUCAUCCUUUCACCCAAGGUAAAGUCACCCAACCAGCAUCAAGCCUCACUGUCCCAUUCAGAUGACGUGGUUGAUAAAUAUUUAUGUGACCUGUGCAUGAUGUCGUACCCCUCCAUCCUGCUACUGAAUGACCACUUGAGCUCCCACUCCGGAACCCAGCUGUACGAGUGCCUGAUCUGUGAGAAAGGUUUUGAAGAGAUCUAUUCACUGCACCAGCACAUGCUCACCCACACAAACCUCCCAGAGUCCUUCCUUGGUCUCCCACGUGCCGCAUCUAACCAAGACUCCCUCACAGGCUUUGGAAGUUAUUACAAAUGUUUCUCAGAUACAAACCAGCACCGUCUGCGUCUCACUGACUUGUCAGCUGUGUUGUCCUGUCAGGUGUGUGACUUCACCUGUCAGACCAAGGACAAGCUACGCCACCAUCUCCUGAGCCACCGUACCAUCAGCCCCUACCCUUGCUCACUGUGUGACUUUUCAUGUGUGUCAAAGCAGUUGUUGAUCAAACAUAUGAUGUCGCACAUGAGCGAUGAGGACUCGGCUGAUGCCAGCGAUGAACUUAGAAGCAGAAACUUGAAGAAAAAAGUUUUAGUGAGAAAAGAUUUGUUGAAAUCAACACAAAAAGUCGACAAGACAAUGUCAGUACAAAAAGUUAGCAAGAAGACUUCAGUACAAGAAGUUGUCAAGCAGACAUCAAUACAAAAGAUGGACAAGAAGAUGUCAAUAAAAUUGGUUGCCAAGAAGAAGUCAGUUAAAAAAUUUCCCAAGAAAACAAGUACUAAGAAAAAAUAUUGGGUUAACAAAAGUUCUGAAAGAAACAAUGCUUUAAAGUUGAAAACAAAAUUAUCAACUGUUGAUGAAUCAAGUCUCCAGAUAUGUGAUGUAAACAGAGGGGAAGCUGAUCAAAUCCAGUGUGUAGAGGGCGAUGAAGUCAAUGAUGAUGCAGUUGUAGAAGAUGAUGAACUUGAUGAUGAUACUUUUGUAGAAGAUAUGGAAACGGAAAAAAAGCUGGUGGUAAUUGAAACACCUGAUGAUGAAAAGUGUGAUAAGUUUGAUCCGAUUGAAGAAGCUUUGAUUGAGGGAAGGAUCAAAGAUCCCAAUCUGACCUUUGACCCCAACACAGUCCAUGUGGAUAAGAUUGAUCAAACCCAGAAUUCCGAGGACUUUUUCCAGUACCAGCCAGAGACCAGUCAGCUUACAUGCAAACAUUGUCAGCACGUGUGUGAGUCUUUUGCGUACUUGAAGCGGCAUAUGAAUACGCACACUGAUCUAGUGUUUGAAUCCUGCCCUCACUGUGAAUUCUUCUGUCGAACAGAUAAACAAAUGAGGGAGCACAUGGUGACGCACUCCGACCCAGACGCAGACAAAAGGCCAUUCCAUUGCAGCCAGUGUGACCUCAGUUUUAAAACCAGUGCGGACCUGAAAAGACAUUUUGUGACACACUUAGAUAUCAGCAAGCUGAUGUGUAAUGUGUGCUCGUUCUCAUGCUCAAAACAAUCUCGCUUAGAGCAGCACUGGAAGAGACACACCAACUAUAAACCUUACUCCUGCACCGUGUGCAAGUAUGCCUGCAGCAGCAAGACAACGUUAAACAACCACAUGAAGAAACACUGCACUGGCAAAGAUUUCGACUGCAGGUUUUGUGAUUUCAAGGCUCUGUCCCAGCCGUUGUUGCGGAAACAUCUGAGGCUGGACCACGCAGACCAGCGACCCUAUGCGUGUGAGUUGUGUCCCUUCACUUGCUGGCUCAUCAAUGACUUGAGAAAACACGAGUGGAUCCACACGGGUUUCAAACCUUACCAGUGUGAUCAGUGUGAGUACAGCUGUCGCCGGCGCAAUAGGCUCAGGGAGCAUAUGAUGAUACACAAGAACUUCAAACCUUUCAGGUGUAAAAAAUGCUCCCAUGCCUGUAGGACCAAACAUCAUCUAAAAAAACACUUUGCCUCGCACAUCAACGAAGAGGAUUUAAACUCAGCAACUGGCCUAGCCAGUACAAGCAAGGCAGCAGUUGAUACCAGUGGACAGAUGACUGACUCUAAUGCUGAACCUUUGAUCAAACAAGAAGAAGCUGCAGAAAAUGGUGACACUGAAAGCUCUCUCAUUGAAGUAGAGGCAGAUAAUAAAACUGAAUGUUUUCAAGUGAAGCAAAAAACUGGUCAAUUUGAAGACCUGAAUGUUCACUUUCAUCUCGAGACAAAAACCACUGCAUCUUCAGCUUUAAGUAAAGGCUACCCCGCAACAAUUGAAGCACUUCUUACACCAGCUGUCUUCCAAAGAAAAAGAAACGAGAAAGGCAGGAGGAAGAUGAACUGUUCAGUGUGUUCGUACACUUGCAGAAAACUUUCCCACCUCAAGAGACACUUGAGCACCCACAUCAACGACCGUCCGUUCAAGUGUGACUCCUGCGACUACACUAGCAAAACAGCAGUUAAUCUACGGCGGCAUGCAAAGCGCCACUCCGGCAUGAAGCCAUUUUCUUGCAAACUUUGCGCAUACAGCUGCUAUGAGCUUGGAGAUAUGAACCACCAUCUGUUAAUCCACACGGACUUUAAAGCUUACAAGUGUACGCAGUGCAACUAUGCGGCUCGUAAGAAAUACCAUCUAAAGGAACACCUCCUGACUCAUUCGGAUGUUAAACCUUUUCUUUGUGCCGAAUGUGGUGAAUCCAUGCGAUCCAAUGCUAAACUAAAAGAGCAUAUGAUUAAACAUACAACAGAAAAAAAUAUCAAGUGUUCUCAAUGUAUGUUUACGUGUCGUCUCCAGUGUGAGCUAGUCAAGCACAUGCGUAGGCACGAAGACGUAGAGGCCGACAGCCAGCGGAUCUUCUUGUGUCCUGAGUGCGGCCUGUCCUUUAAGUUGAACGCUGGGCUGAAGCAGCAUCUGCUCACACACUCCAAAGAAAAACCCUAUUUCUGUACUCGCUGUUCCUUCCGCUGUCGCACAAAAGGCCAGUUGAAAAGUCACAUGACCGUACACCUGCAGGGUAAGCCCUUUAUGUGUGAGUACUGCUCGUUCACAUCCAAACAUGAGUCCAGCUUACGGCGCCACAAACAGGGUCAUACCUGCACUGACCCGAUUCCCUGCCCUCUGUGCAGCUUGAAAUUUGUGCGCAAGUAUGACCUCAGGCGCCACUUGGCUAACAAGCACAAAAGCAAUGUUAGUCGUUUCACUUUGGUGGACACUUUAAGAUAUUCUAAUCCUGGACAUGCAGACAAGGAUGGUGGGAGCUUGUCUAGCACUAGCUUGGACUUGACAGGGGGUGACAAGAUACAAUAGACAAUUCCAAACCAACAUUUGUUUUUGUACAACUGUAGUAGACAAUCCAAACCAACAUUUGUUAUUGUACAACUGUAGUGGACAAUCCAAACCAACUUUUGUGAUGCUAACACAACUGUAGUGGACAAUCCAAACAAGUUUUGUGAUACUACAACUGUAGUGGACAAUCCAAACCAACUUUUGUGAUGCUAACACAACUGUAGUGGACAAUCCAAACAAACUUUUGUGAUGCUACAACUGUAGUGGACAAUCCAAACCAACAUUUGUUAUUGAACAACUGUAGUGGACAAUCCAAACCAACAUUUGUUAUUGUACAACUGUAGUAGACAAUCCAAACCAACUUUUGUGAUGCUACAAAUACUGUAGUAGACAAUCCAAACCAAGUUUUGAGAAGCUACAAAUACUGUAGUAGACAAUCCAAACCAAGUUUUGAGAAGCUACAAAUACUGUAGUAGACAAUCUAAACCAACUUUUUGAUGGCACCAUGUGAGAUCUAUUAGACCAGUGCCAAUUUUUCUCUGCCAUACUUCUAAUGUGUGAACAACUUGAUCUGCUUUUCUACCCAGCUGUUUUACUUUAUUUCCACCAUUGUUAGUGUGUGUUGGAGAAACCAGUGUUUUUGUUCUCUCCAGUUUGUAGUUUAUUAUGACUCCAGUUUGUAGUUUAUGACUCCAGUUUGUAGUUUAUGACUCCAGUUUGUAGUUUAUGACUCCAGUUUGUAGUUUAUGACUCCAGUUUGUAGUUUAUGACUCCAGUUUGUAGUUUAUGACUCCAGUUUGUAGUUUAUGACUCCAGUUUGUAGUUUAUGACUCCAGUUUGUAGUUUAUGACUCCAGUUUGUAGUUUAUGACUCCAGUUUGUAGUUUAUGACUCCAGAUUGAACUCCUGACGUUUCUUGCCUUUUUCUUUUGAAAGUAGUUUCAGUAGUCUUUUUUUACUCAGUUUUCCCCCACCACCCCCUUUACAUUGGGGUCCACAGAUCCACCCACCACCCCCUUUACAUUGGCGUCCACACAUUUCACCCACCACCCCCUUUACAUUGGCGUCCACACAUUUCACCCACCACCCCCUUUACAUUGGCGUCCACACAUUUCACCCACCACCCCCUUUACAUUGGGG